AUGACCCAGGCCGAUCAAGUAGAAUACCCUCCCAGCAAAGAUUAUGAUAUAUCGACACCGAUAUCCUCAGUCUCAGGCCUUCGACAAGGACUGACUUCGUACGGCGAUGCACACUUUUCCUUAUUCCUAAGGAAAGUAUUCAUCAAAGCACUGGGAUACUCUGAAGAUGCACUCUCUCGGCCUAUUGUCGGCAUCAUCAACACCAAUUCUGGGUUUAAUCCCUGUCAUGCAAACGUACCACAGCUCAUCGAGGCGGCCAAGCGCGGCGUCCAGCUCAAUGGAGGAUUGGCAAUAGAAUUUCCAACUAUCAGUGUCCAUGAGGGGUUUUCGCAUCCGACCAGUAUGUUUUUGCGGAAUCUCAUGAGCAUGGAUACAGAGGAAAUGAUUCGUGCCCAACCACUCGAUGCAUGCAUUAUGAUUGGAGGCUGUGACAAGACUGUUCCUGCACAGUUGAUGGGCGGUAUAUCUGCAAAUAAGCCGGUUCUACCAUUGAUCACAGGCCCAAUGUUGCCUGGAAGCCAUCGUGGACAGAGAAUAGGUGCUUGUACUGACUGCCGGAAUAACUGGGCAGCCUUUCGCGCGAAAGAGAUCGAUAUUGAGGAAAUUUCAGCUAUCAAUGAAGAGCUGGCUCCAACGAUUGGUACAUGCGGUGUCAUGGGAACUGCUAGCACGAUGGCGUGUAUGACUGCUGCCCUGGGAAUGAUGCCGCUCCGGGGUGCGUCUGCGCCAGCGGUUUCAUCUGCGAGACUUAGAAUUGCCGAAGAAACUGGAGCAAAUGCCGUGGCAGUUGCACGGAAUGGACGAAAGCCACAAGAAUUUCUGUCCAAGGAAUCUUUUCUGAAUGCCAUUACAGUGUUGCAGGCAAUUGGAGGUUCAACAAACGCCGUUGUUCAUUUGAUGGCGAUUGCGAACCGACACCCCAGACUCCAAGGCGUGAUAACCCUUCAAACUGUCGAAGAUAUUGGCCGCAACACACCUUUAUUGAUCGAUCUCAAACCAAGUGGUGAUAAUUACAUGGAUAACUUCCAUAAUGCUGGCGGCAUGCUGGCGCUGCUACAUACCCUCCGCCCACUUCUUCAGUUAUCGGCCGUGACGAUAACCGGCCAAACACUGGGUGAGAUUAUAGAAGGCUCACCAUUUAAAACUUUCCCACUUUCUCAGCAGAUUAUCCGGCCAUUAUCAAACCCAUUAUACCCUUCAUCAUCUCUAGUGGUUCUUCGGGGGAAUAUCGCACCUGGUGGGGCUGUUAUGAAAGCAUCGGCAUCAAAGUACCGAAAUCUGCUUUCCCAUUCAGGCCCAGCUGUUGUUUUCGAAAACACAGCUGAUUUAGCCAUGCGGAUUGAUGACCCAGGCCUUCCAGUAACCAAAGAUUCAGUUCUUGUUCUCAAAGGCAUCGGCCCAAUAGGAAAUCCUGGAAUGCCCGAAGCAGGUCUUAUCCCAAUCCCGCGCAAGCUGGCUGCCGCAGGCGUAAAGGAUAUGCUUCGUCUUUCGGACGGUCGAAUGUCAGGCACCGCAGGGGGCACUAUAGUACUUCACAUCUCGCCGGAGUCAGCCUUGCCCGAGUCGCCAUUUGGAGUUGUUGAGACGGGGGAUAUAAUCAACUGCGAUAUAGAGAGUAGGAAGUUGCAGCUUGAAAUAUCGGAUGAGGAACUGAAGGCACGGAUCAAACAGAGAAAUCUGGCUCUUCUCAACGGGGAUGGAGCUUGGCAGGAAAGACGGAACAGAAGAGGUUAUCAUGGAUUGUACGAGCGGUCGGUAAACCAGGCUCAGGACGGAGCAGACUUUGAUUUUCUCACAGCGGUUGGACCAUCAGGUUAA